AAGUGUGCUUGUUGUCCUUCAAAUUUAUGAUUAAGUAUUUUAGUGUUUAUUGAUAUAUUUCGACCAAAUUUCAUAGCGUCAAUUUACUGGACAUUAAGAGCCACUGUUUGAUUGAUAUAUCUACUUUAAACAAAACAGUAUUUAAUAAACCAUUCAAACACGACUCCGUUGCCAGCGUAACCAGGGCCAGGCAGUCAUUGUUUGCUGUCCCCAAUGUUUAUUUGAAGUACUUUUAUAUAAGAGAAUCGAAAUGAAUAAGAAACUCACAGGCACACAGGAAGAUGCCUUCUACGAGAGUCUAACUCUAGGCCUUAUGAAAACUCUGUCCUAUGUGCCACGCGUCUGCCAUGUGACCUUGGACCGUCGCCAGCCGUUGAAUCCCUGCCAGCUGGUCAACUGGGAGCAAAGGCACUGUGUCUACCUGCCGGAGGAUAUGAAAAAGUUUUACCUAUCCACCGAUGGCUUUGUGCUGCAUUGGAGCUAUCAAUAUGCACCUACCGACGUGCGCCGUGUCGGCUAUAUACACUUUCCGCACCUGCUGCAGGUGACGUUGCUGCGUGAGAACAUCGAGAACACUCCGGUUGCUAGUGGUGGCAACGGAGCGACAGCGACCGCACCAAUGCCCAAGGAUAAGUGGGAUAAUCCCACGCCCAUCAUAACAGCCAAGACCAAAAUAUUCGAAAUUAACAAUAUCAACGAAAUGGCCAAGGUUUGCAUGCUGUAUGAUUCGACCAGCUCGAACAAUCCCAAGUUCUAUUUGCUGGAGCUGAGCACGCUGAGCUGGCAGUUUUUGGCCGAGACGUUCAGCGAGUACUUGCGCAUGGCCAUUGCGCAUUUGGGCUUGCCCUACUGGGAGCUGUGCUUCUCCAGCUUUGGCUUGCCCUCGUGGACGGAGCAGCUGUUCCUGCUGCUAGCGCCACAUCUGCUGGAGAAGCAGGAACUGCGACGCGGACGCAUAAUUUAUCCCGCCUGCGAGCAUCCUUACAACAUACUCGAUCCGAACAUCUUUCGCAGCAAACCGAAGGGCCUGGCCAAGUCCUCGACGAGCAUUGUGAAGUCGCACAAGUGAAGGUCUGGUAGCAAAAAUGGUAACUCUUUAUUAUGUUAACAAAUGCACGAAGAUCGGCUAAGGAUGCAAGACAUGAAAUAGCUGAAUAUGAACACAUGACUUUAUAGUAGAAUGAAGUUUUUUUUAACAGA